UGAUCCAGCUGCAGACUACAUAAUAAUUUACAAAGUGUCACGAGGUAUUGGCAACCGCUAAUUACAACGACUUUCACCGCAAGUAUAUAUUGCUCACAGUCCGUUAUGUUUACCUCACACAGUAGUCUCCCCUGAAGUUCGUCACUUCAUUAUAAAGCUGGUUUCACUGUCAUAGCAGAAAUGGCACCAACCUUUCUCGUGAUGAUCACUUUGGGUGCAAUUGUUUACAUCUUGAACACUCAAGUGUGUACUGCGGAUGACGACGAAAACGCAUGCUUCGACAUUGACUUGAACUGCAAACGCAAGGCAAAGAAAGGCGAUUGCAGCUCUGACUGGAUGAACUCACGCUGCAGGAGGAGCUGCAAAAUAUGCCGUCAUAAUGAUGACGGUGACGAUGAUGAUGGUGGUUAUGGUGAUGAUGAUGGUGGUUAUGGUGGUUAUGGUGGUGAUGAUGAUGAUGAUGAUUAUUAUCAUCGUAAUCGUCAUCAACGCAAUCGUCAUCAUGACAGAGAUGACUAAACCAAGCAUCUCUACAAUGUCAGUCAGCGGACUGCCCGACGAUCAUAAAGGGAAAGAGGACUGUAUGGAACCUUCAACAGUUAUGGCAUCGUGAUAAACGACUGUAGCUGCGUGGACAGAAUGCGGUUAAUUUAGGGCUCAGUCAGGGAGGCAUGUAUUUUGUUCCAGCAUGUACUACCACAGGAAAAAACCAUAAGAUUACUCACAAUCGGAAUUAAUGUCCCGCCUCUACGUUCAAAAGAUUAAUAAAGUGUGUAAAUCAA